GCGAAGAGCAGGAGGAGUUGGGUGGCAAGAGGGAGGCAGGAGGGCUGUUGCUGAUUGAACAAAGCCAGGGAAGGAGCGCGCAGUCCCGGGGAGAAGAGUAGCUGUGAAAUGCCUCGAAGGGAGUCUGCCAGAUACUCCUGCGGAGACUUGAAGGUAAGCUUCAGCUGAGGAUGGCAGGAGAUUCUCGAGUCCUCAUGGACCACAAUAUGGAGAUAGGAGUAACACCUUCACAGGUGAAGAAACUCCCCAAACAUAUGAGGGAAGCUCAAAUCUCAACUGAGCGAACCCACUUGAUUUCUGAUCCAGUAAAGAAGCCACGACAGCGGUAUGUGCAGAAGGAUGGCAAGUGCAACGUUCAUCACGGGAAUGUACAAGAGACAUACCGUUACCUAAGUGACUUGUUCACGACACUGGUGGACCUACGGUGGCGUUUUAGUCUCUUAAUUUUCACAUUGGUCUAUGUUGUCAACUGGCUUUUCUUUGGGUUUUUGUGGUGGCUGAUUGCGCUCAUCCGCGGAGAUCUUAUCCACGGUGAUGAGGAGGGCUGGACCCCGUGUGUGGAGAACCUCAACAGCUUUGUCUCAGCUUUCCUCUUCUCUAUUGAGACAGAGACCACCAUUGGGUAUGGGUAUCGUGUAAUAACAGAAAAAUGCCCAGAAGGUAUUAUUCUACUUUUGAUCCAGGCCAUUUUGGGCUCCAUUGUUAACGCAAUGAUGGUGGGCUGCAUGUUUGUCAAGAUAUCACAGCCAAAGAACCGUGCAGAGACCCUCAUGUUCUCACACAAGGCUGUCAUAUCGGUGCGAGACAACAAGAUGUGCUUGAUGUUUCGGGUGGGGGACCUCAGGAACUCUCACAUUGUGGAGGCAUCAAUUCGAGCGAAGUUGAUCCGCUCGCAGCAGACCAAAGAGGGGGAGUUCAUCCCGCUCAACCAGACUGACAUCAACAUCGGCUUUGACACAGGAGAUGAUCGGCUGUUCUUGGUGUCACCGCUUAUCAUCUCCCAUGAGAUCAAUGAGAAGAGCCCCUUCUGGGAAAUGUCACUGGCCCAAAUGGAGAAGGAGGAGUUCGAGAUUGUGGUUAUCCUUGAGGGCAUGGUGGAGGCAACAGGUAUGACAUGUCAGGCGAGGAGUUCGUACUUGGACACUGAGGUUCUAUGGGGCUACCGCUUCACCCCGGUCUUAUCACUGGAAAAAGGCUUCUACGAGGUAGACUACAACAACUUCCAUGAUAUCUACGAGACCAAUACCCCGGCCUGCAGUGCCAAGGAUAUGGCUGCUAAGCUCCGGGAUGAGCCUCUUUUGCCUCAGUUGCCCCUCCUCAGCCCCGAGUCCAAAAUGCAUACUUUUGAUCCCCUAAACCGCCUCUCAACAGAGGAUCCCCUAAGCCCGGAUGAAGAAAGAGAGGAGAGGGAUCCGAGGGGUGACAAGGGAGAGACCAAUGGGUCAGCUGCUGCUCUGGGGGAACCACCUAUUGCUGAUGGUCUGACUGAGUGAAGGGCCACACCAGCUAAAAACCCAGGAAAGACUGGACAUUAUUAUACUUCAUUUAAUCAAUGGUCAGCUUGUUCCAUUGCAGUUAAUGGAGAUAAAACACAUAUUUCUCCAGCCCUCGACUCAUGCAAUACUUCGUUAGUGUGUCAAUCUAUAGUAUAGAUUGGUUUUGUAGACAAGCAAGUACAAAUUCAAAGACACACGUGCAAUAUCUAUAUAUACACUUAAAGGAUGAUUGUUCCGUUUGUCUUUUUAUAAUCAUAAUGACUACUUACUGCUAUAACUCAUCAGUUCAAGUUGAAACUGGUAGCCAUGAUAGCACACCAUGGAUUUAUUACGCAUAUGCCAAUAUUCUCAUUUUAGGGUGUGUUAAUUCAGCUUUAUUUGAGCCAGUUGUUCCCCACUUCCGCUUAAUACUUUUUUUUUUUUUUUUCAAAAAUCAGUCAAUAAAACUGAUAUGAAAAGCAAUUAAAAAAGAUCCAAAUUAAACUUUGGUGAAUAACAGCUCAGCGUAAUAGCAUCAGUAAUCUAUUUUCCAACAUAAAUCAUGCCUCCCUUUGCAAUAUCCACUGGCAAAUAUAUAUUUGAGUGUUUUCCACAGUCCACAGUCCUGUGCAAAGGUUAGAAAACCCUCUUUCAAUCCAAUGUUAUUUUGUUUAAACCUUAAUAAAAACUCACAGACCACAGUGGGUUUUAAUAUAAGAUAAAAACAACCUCAGAUAAACACCAACAUAUCUUGUCACUCUGCCAUUAUUUAUUUGACAAAAGAGAAAAGUCCCCUGAGCAAUACUAAGUACCUUCACAAUGUAAUGAUUUGGGUAUUCGCUUAUGUACAGGGGGUUCUGUCACAGAAUAUUAAUUGGAUUGAGUUCUUUCCAAAGCCUUGAAUAAUUUAUUUUUCAGCAUUUUUAAUGUAGAUUUGCUUUGUUGCAUGAAGUUUUGACCAAGCUAACAAUGACGUGCACAUGGCCUCAGAUUUGUCUCUGGAAUAGUCUGGUCUGCAGAGGCGUUCAGGUGCCCAUGUCCUGUGGCUGAAAAACAACCACAAAUCAUCAGCCAUCCACAUCCAUGUAAGACAGUGGGAACGAUGCAUUUCUGCUGAAAUGUUGUUUAGUUAUCAACAACCACAACCCUGAGCUUCGAAGCCAAAACACUAUCCAAUCUGUCCGUUGGACAGAAGUCUUCUCUUUAUUUCAACCCUAAACAUGACUGACUACUACCACCUGUAAUAUCAUGGACUUAAAUAUUUAACAUGCUCAUUAAGGCCUGAGAUGAAGCACUUAGAUGUAUUUUUAUUUAUUUAAUUUAUUGUUAUUAUUAUUAUUAAUUUAUAUUUCUCUGACCUUGGGGUACAUUUGGGAUAACUUAUUUUUCUUGUUGUUCAGCUCCAGCUGUAUUCACCCUUACACACACACACACACACACACACACACACACACACACACACACACACACACACACACACACACACACACACUGGAUUAAAAGAGGGGGUAUUAACUUUUGCACAUGACUGUAUGUACACAUUUUUCUUCAUAGUAGUAUUUUCCAAAUUACACACAAUGUGCAUGUCUCUAAUUGUGUCCCUGAGACACUGGGAGCCUUGACCCAAAAGAAACCAGUUAGUACCUCAUUUUAUACACAUCUUCAGGGUUUAAAACUAACAGUAAAACAGGUAAAUACUGUUAAAUGAUGUAUAUGCUAAUGAUUUGUCUCUUUUGAAAACUUCUUGGCUUGGCUGACAGAUUGUAUUCUCCUUUCUACUGCAGCAACUAAAGCAUUAAACCCAAGCCUUGGUAUGUAAAGCACAAUUUACCAUGAGGGGAUCCCACGGUGACCAAAGCCACCACUGAGCUACUGCUGGGGGCUGAUGCACGUCACUCCUAGUUGGAAGUAACAUCCAAAUGAAGUUUCAGUUAUGAAAUAUUUAGGCUCAAUUUCAAUUUGAAUUAUUUCUGGGUUCUUUUAUACCACAUGUUUUGAUAUUUAAGAUCCUUAACAAGCUAAAUUAAAGUAUUAUCAAAUGAUUUUAGUGCCUGGCAAGCUAAUGGAUUUUUUGCUAUUUCCUCUGAAGACCAGUUCUAACUUUUACUUUAUAAAUGGAAGCUCGUACACACAGUCACACACUUGGUCCAAUUUGCACUUUGAUGCUGGUCAACGAACCACUCCCGGGCUCUUCCACAAAUAUAUUUCAUGGCCGUUAACUGCUGAUGUGAGGGUUGACUCUUCAUCUGGGGGCCAUUUCCCAAAAGUGUGUCUAAAUUUUACUUUUUUUUCCAAAAAAACACAGCUUGCAUGCAUGAAUCCAGCCUUAACAACCUCCUUCCACCCCCCAACCCCCACAAACAAGUUUCAUACUGCGAGAAUUACAGGGUAUUUUUAGGCAUGCCAGUUAUGAGAUUUCUACAACAUGUUAUCAGAAAUAUGUUCAGUGGACUGACAUCUAAUUAUCUUAUGUUUAAAGAAAAUGAGAUUCUCUACACUGAAAUCUCCCACUCCCAACUCAGUAUUAACUUUUACAUUUUUGUUUCUUAAACAGAUGUUUUUCCAUUCAGUGUUUUUGUUUUGACUGUGAGAUUUUAGCACCUUACUAUGUAUACCAUUCGCUAAACGAUACGUUUGUUGUUAGAAAAAGACCAUCUCACUCCUAGAACGUCAUCUGUUUUCUGUGUGUUCUCAUGGGAAUAAACAUAUGGCCGAAAGAACAA